AUCUACGGAAAAUUAUCACAAUCGCGUGAAGGGACAUUUGCGCUUUGUGUGUAUCAAUAACAUUAGUGGCGGUCUAGUCCGUCGAAUUUGAACGAGAGGGGUCAGAAAUGAAAAGGUUAGCGUUGCUCUUGGUGGCAAUGUUCGCACUUGGGGCAAUCUUAGUGGCGUGCGGCUCCCAGCCUGCUGCGGAACCACAGGUCAUUGAGAAGAUUGUCGAAGUUGAGAAGGUGGUGGAGAAAGAGAUCGAGGUCGUCAAGGAGAUCGAGGUCGAGGUCGAGAAAGAGAUCAUAAAGAUCGAGCGCAUCGAAGUACCUGUCGAGAAGAUCGUCGAGGUGCAGAAGAUCGUUGAGAAAGAGGUUGAGGUCAUCAAGUCCAACCUUGGCGAGGCACCAGACCUUGCGGCGCAGGUAGCGGCCGGCACUCUGCCCCCUGUGUGGGAUCGCAUU